GUGUUUAUGAGUUCAUAUUAAAAAGAAAAUUGGUGUAUGUGUUGAUUAUAUAUAUUCAAGACGUGACAAGCUUCGGCAAAAAAAGAAAAAAGAAAAAAAAAGAAAUUCUCGAAAAAGCGCAGCGUGCGCAAAAGACUUUUUUUAAGCAUAGCUGGGUUCACUCACGGUCGGUUCUAGAAAGAAGGAAGCGUCGGUUGACACGUACGGAAGGUCACAAUCGCACGUGCAAAAGCUUCUCGAUCUCAUUGGCUGGCUCAGCUCACCCUUUUGUUUCUAAGCAUCUAGUUCUUUUCUCGCUCGCUCGCCCGCUCGCCCGCUCGCCCUUUUUCCACUACUAAAAACUCUCUCCACUCUACGAUCACACAUUCCCUUUCAGAAAACAAAAAAAAUAAAAAAUAAAAAAUAAAAAUAAAAACCAAUCUGGCACUCAUUACUCAUACAACAAACAAAGUAGCACUGAAUCAUUUUUGUUUCCUCCACUUUUUUUUUUUUGUUUGUUUUCUUUCUUUACAGCUCAUUGCCUGCUGCAGAUCGAAUCAAUCUCAAAGGCAUAAAUUUUCUUUCUUUUGUGGCUGCCAAAUGGCAGCAUAGAUCAGAUAAUCAUAUGUUACAACAAGGACCAAUUUUCGAGCUUGGUUUGUCAGAUGAUUUUUAGCAUCUAUAUUAUGCUUGUUCAGUGCCAUUAUGGGCAUAUGUCUGAUGAAGUGUCAAUGGCCAUGGCUGCUUCACGCACUAUUCUUUUUUUUCUUAAUAAACAAAGGCAGAGCUAUCAGUCCUGAUGGAGAGGCACUUCUAAGCUUUCGGGUAGCGAUCAUUAGUUCAGAUGGUGUAUUUUCUCACUGGAGGCCAGAGGAUCCUGAUCCAUGCAAAUGGAAAGGGGUGACAUGUGAUAGUAAAACCAAGAGAGUGACAAUUUUGAGCCUUACGAAUCAUAAACUGAGUGGUCCUAUAUCACCUGAACUUGGGAAGCUGGAACACUUGAGACAGUUAAUUCUUUGUAACAAUAACUUUUAUGGGGUAAUUCCUUCAGAGCUUGGUAAUUGCACAGAGCUGCAAGGAAUGUACUUGCAAGGCAAUUACUUAAGUGGAAUAAUCCCUAAUGAACUGGAGAACUUAUCUUCACUUCAGAAUCUGGAUAUCUCGAGCAACUCUAUCAGCGGAUCUAUCCCUCCAUCAAUUGGGAUGCUGGAUAAGCUCAUUACAUUCAAUGUGUCCAACAAUUUUUUGGUUGGCCCUAUACCAUCACAAGGUGUUUUCAGCAGCUAUACUGCAAGCUCUUUUGUUGGGAAUCGUGGUUUAUGUGGAAAGCAAAUCAAUGUAGCAUGCAAAGAUGACAAUGGAGCUAUGACAAAUUCCAGGUCUCCAAGUUCAGCUCAAAAUCAAGGUGGUAAAAAGAAAUACUCCGGAAGACUUCUCAUUAGUGCAUCAGCCACUGUAGGUGCACUACUUUUGGUGGCACUUAUGUGUUUCUGGGGAUGCUUCCUAUAUAAGAAGUUUGGUAAAAAUGAGGGCAGAACUCUGGCCAUGGACGUCAGUGGAGGGGCAUCGAUUGUUAUGUUUCAUGGAGACUUGCCAUACUCUUCCAAAGACAUCAUUAAGAAAUUAGAAACUUUGAAUGAGGAACACAUUUUAGGUACUGGGGGGUUUGGGACAGUGUACAAACUUUCUAUGGAUGAUGGAAAUGUGUUUGCUUUGAAACGAAUUGUGAAGUUGAAUGAAGGAUUUGAUCGAUUUUUUGAAAGAGAGCUUGAAAUUCUUGGAAGCAUAAAACAUCGAUACCUUGUAAACUUGCGAGGAUAUUGUAAUUCACCUGCAUCAAAGCUGUUAAUCUAUGAUUAUCUAGCAGGUGGCAGCCUUGAUGAAGCUCUUCAUGAACGAUCUGAGCAGUUGGACUGGGAAACACGCCUGAACGUUAUCAUGGGAGCAGCAAAAGGAAUGGCCUAUUUACACCAUGAUUGUUCUCCUAGGAUCAUACACCGUGACAUAAAGUCCAGUAACAUUUUACUUGAUAGCAAUUUGGAGGCUCGAGUAUCAGACUUUGGACUUGCCAAACUGUUAGAGGAUGAAGAAACUCAUAUUACAACCAUUGUUGCAGGAACAUUUGGUUAUUUGGCUCCAGAGUACAUGGUAAGCGGGAGAGCAACUGACAAGACGGAUGUCUAUAGUUUUGGAGUCUUGGUGCUUGAAGUCUUAAGUGGAAAGAGACCUACUGAUGCAUCAUUCAUCGAAAAGGGCCUCAACAUCGUUGGUUGGUUAAAUUUCUUGAUAACGGAGAAUAGGCAACGAGAGAUUGUAGAUUCAAAUUGUGUGGGGAUGCAGGCAGAAAGCCUGGAUGCCUUGCUCUCAGUUGCCAUCCAGUGUGUGUGUUCGAACCCAGAAGAUAGACCCAGCAUGCACAGGGUGGUGCAGUUGCUUGAAUCCGAGGUUAUGACCCCAUACCCGAGUGAUUUUUAUGAUUCCAACUCCGAUUGAGUAGUCCAAGCUGAAAAAAGAGACACGUUUGGUUUGCCUUCAUGUUUCUCACAACUCAAAAGUAGUGCAAGCAAAAAAAAAACAAGCACUAAAUGAGGGGGCUCGAUAUCAGCAGCUGCAGCUUUCACUUGUUCAUUUCAUUAAAUUCUUUAUGCGGAUCGAAGUUGGAAGGUCCAUCUGAACUGUUCAAUGGAAGUAGAGUUUAGGUGCAUAUUUGUCCUUCAUUUGGCAUGGGUGAACUUCCUUUUUCUCUUUUAAUUUUAGGCAUUUUUUUUUUCGUUCGAGCUUUGCCUUUAUGAAAUCAAUAUGUAAUCUUCUUUAUCCAGUCCUUAAGUACAAAUUGAGAAUAUUUGGGCUUUUGGCAGAUCCUUGUUGUUUAUACCAUUUUUGUAAGAUAAAGCUUCAUUAUUACAGUAAUAAUUUGAUGGAUGAAA